AUGGUGCUCAGACUUGAACUGAAUGCUGCUGAUAAAUAUGAAACCCUCAACACACUGCCAGGCAUUGACUAUGGUAAAGUUGAACGUCGAAUACCCUACAGAGACGAUAUGAGUGAUACCAUUGUGUUACAUGUCCGAGCCAUCUCUGUUGAAACUUCUGCUGACAGUUCGUGUGAAAACAGAAACAGACAAGGCCCCUCUCUCGGUUACGGUGAAGCACACUUAAGUUCUGUUGAGAAGGUUAAACGAAACAGGACGACAUUUUCAUCCCGACAGUUACAAGAACUUGAACGAGCCUUUAGAAAAACGCAUUACCCUGAUAUUUUUAUGAGGGAAAGACUGGCCAUGAGAAUCAAAUUACCUGAAUCACGGAUACAGGUCUGGUUCCAAAACCGGCGUGCAAAAUGGAGGAAACGAGAAAAGCACCUACCAUGUAACUUAUUAGGGUGUCCCACCUCAGCCUACUCUGCACAAACAGCAACACAACAUCAUUACGGCCUUUUGAGAGGUACAAACUUCUACAACAAUAUGCUAAGUUCGAUGCAUACAUCAAUCGGCCUUUACAAUCUCGCUGGCUUUGGAAUCUCCCAUCGAGGUUUACCGUUGCAGAACUACGACACCCUCAGCAGUGCUUCUUCCAACAGCAGCAACAACAACUACAAUGAUGAAUCCAACCAAAUGACAGUAAGCUUGAAUGGCAAACACAACAGUGAACUGAAGUCCCCUGAUCAUGCUUCGUUAUUGACUGUCUUGCAUAGGCGUGCUCCUUACUUCGGUGGAACGACAGAUAUAAAUUAAUUUGUGAAUUUGAGAAAAAGCACAACAUCCGAAUCAUUGACUUUGAAUAUGGUGAAAAAUAAUGACUGGCAACACUAAUAUAUUUCCUGAUAUUCACUGAAUUCUUUAUUCUAACCAAUUAUACUUGCCUGCUUGAUAUUUCUGCUUGUUUUACCAAAUGUUUUCAUCGUUUAGUUUGUUUGUUUUUUUAUAUCGUUGUUCAAGUAUUCAGUCAACAUAAAGUCUUAUUAUUAUUAUUGUUAUUA